AUGCAUUUCAUUAUAUAUAAUAAAGCCAAAAUUUCACCAGAGUUAAAAGGCAUCCCAGUUGUACCAUUUUUUGAGUAUACGAAGAGACAUUAUAUUAAAAAAGAUCCCUUUAAAAAAACAUUGCGAGAACUUUUCUUGCCAAUUAUUGAAGAAAAGGGCAUUGCUAGAGUUUUUGAUGUAUUGCUUCAAAAUUGGGUUAUUUACAUAGCAAAACCUGAAUACUUUAAAGAGGUGAUGCAUAAAGAUGAUACCUUGAAAUUUGACUCAAAAAAAAGACCAAUGUCAGAAUUUGAAUUUAAUUAUAUUGGACAUUCUAAUAUGUUGUUUGUAAACGGAGACGAACAUCGUAGACAUAGAAAAACAGCAAGUCCUGCAUUUCAUCGUGGGUGGUCAACACAAUUGUUUGGUAAUUUAGCUUUAGAUUUGUUUAAAGAAAUGGAUAAAAUGAUAGAAAAAAAUCCAAAGGUUGAUAUUGUCGCGCUGACUCAAAGGUACACUUUGGAUGUACUUGGUCGUGCAACUUUUGAUUAUGAUUUUAAUGCAAUUUCAAAUAACAUGAGUUCAAUCUUGGAUGCAUAUAACUCAGUAAUGAAAGCAAUGGCAAAUACAACUUACUUAAUUUUUCCGAUACUUGAAAAAAUUCCAGGAUUUAAACGAACAGAAUUAAUGAAAAAACUUGAUCUCAUAAAUGAAUUUUUGGCUGGAAUUGUAGAUGAAAAAAUUCAAAAAAUUGAAUCAUCAUCAUCAAACAACAACAACAAAGAUAACAAUAAUGAUGAUAAAGAUUUAUUAACAUUAAUGUUAGAAGCUCAAAGAAAUGAGAGUGGAAAAUAUAUUUUAUCAAAAGAUGAAAUCAUGAACGAUUUGAAAUUAUUUUUCUUGGCCGGUCAUGACACAACAGCUACAGCACUAUCAUGUGCAGUAGCUUAUUUGGCAAUGCAUCCCGAGUAUCAGAAUAAAGCUAGACAAGAAGUGUUAAAUGUUAUGAGCGGUGAUGGUGUGAAUGGUUGCAAGCCGGAUGCCAUUCCUACAUCUGAUCAACUCAAAGAAAUGAAAUUACUCAAUAUGAUAAUUAAUGAAAACUUACGUCUACAUCCACCUGCAAGUACUACUGGCCUUAGAGUCGCUCAAAAAAAAUUCCGUUUUGGUGAAUUCAUCAUACCUGAAAAUACAGUAUUAUUACCAGCAAUUUAUUUGCAACACCUUUCAUCAACAUUAUACAAAAAUCCAUUAACAUUUUUACCAGAAAGAUUUGACACAUCGAGUAAUGAAGCAACUUCUAAGCUUAUACCAUUUGGUGGUGGUUCUAGAAUUUGUAUUGGAAUGAAUCUCAGUUUAGCUGAACAAAAAACUCUCUUGGCAAUGUUACGUGAGUAUUCUUUUAUUUGCUGGAGUACCGAAAAGAAUGACAAACCCAAAGAAACCUAUUAG